AUGGCUAAAGGAAUCCGUACCAAGCCGUGCGGCAACUGCAAGAAGUCCAAGGUCAAAUGCGAGUACGAUAACACGCUACCAUGUGUGCGCUGCGUCAGCAACGGGCUUGCCAGCUCGUGCCAUUUUGUGAUCAGGCUACCGUCUUUGAAGUUUCCUCUGCUUGACUCAUCGCAGACCAACAAGCCCUAUGAUGGCCCCGAAAUCCCCCCAAAAACAACCACACGGCCGUUGGACUCAAUGUACAACUCCGCAGGCUCCCUUCCAAACCCGGGCCUGCUCCCCAACCCGAUUCCAGGCCCCUUUUCUACCCCAUUACCAUCUCUAGUACCGAAUAGAAACAUCGUGAAACACAAGCCACUCCCGUUACACCCAAAAGGUGUGCCAAAAGACUCCUUACAAAACGAGCCUGAUCUGGACUGGCGACUGUCAAUGGAGAGCAAACUCGACUCAGUGGAUGCGAAGUUCAACAGUAUUCUCAGUGUACUUGAGGCCAAUCAGAAAGCACUCCUUGAGAAGCAAAAAGGGGAAGACACACAUGCAACCAAAGGCCCAGAGCCGUCUAAUGAGCACAGCACUGAGUCGAUACAGGCACCAGAGGCAGCCUCGUCAAGCAAACGGUCACAUGCUCAUGACAAGCCCGAGAGCAUACGCAAGCGAGCAAGAUAUGGCCCGGGGGAUUUCAGGGAAAACGUUCUUUCAAUCGAAGAAGCCAAAACGCUUUUCAAAUUUUUUGACGAGAACAUCGCGCAACAACUCUUUGGCUUUGAGAUCAAGAGAUUCGUCGUUGAUGUGGUUUGGGAAUCCUCACCCAUACUUGUGUGUACAAUAUGUACCAUAGCACUGAUGCACUACCCGGGCCCUGAACUUUCGGGCAAGCAAGAAACUCUUCAGACCCAUCUUCGAGAAUUGUGCACAAACGUUCUUUUCGCUAGCAGGCCUCGCACCGAGCAAGAGGCAUUCAAUACCAUAGUGUCGUUGGUUCUCUGCAGCUUCUGGCUCUCCGACUCGCAAAUGUUCACGGGAUUGGCGCUCCAACUUGCCAAAGAAUUCAAUUUGAAUCGGCCCGCACUGGGCGAGUCACGCGAGAGCUCGCUAGACGAACAGGACAGGAUCAAAUUGUGGUAUCUUUUGUUCAUUUUGGAUGGGCAGCAAAGCAUGACCCUAAACAGGCAGUCGCUCGUGUCAAGUGAGGAUUACACGCUUCGCAAUCUGCGCCAGUUGCUCAUGAAAAGUGAGCCGCGCAAGUUGGAAGCAAAGAAAAAGGAUCUGGAUUCCCGUCACAAGGGUCCUGAAGAACUGCCUACCCCACAAGAUACCCACUAUGGACGGCUCAACGAUUUACGACUCGUAUCCCAGGUCGAAUACAACAUUGCGCUAAGCGAGUCUUUUAAGGGCAACGCUUGGGACCUUCUAGCGCCCACAAGCUUUGGUAUUCCGUCCCGUUCGAAUCUAGAGCUUGAUAAGUGGAUGGUGUCAUGGACAGUGCUACUUGCGCCUAUGAAAAACGGCGCGGUGUGGCUGUCCAAAUCGACAUUGAUUUAUUACAACUUUGCCAAGAUGCACAUCAAUAGCUCCGUGAUCCGUCAGUUGCAGGAGGACCGCGGCGGCAACGGCCUUUUGUUGCCUAAUUGGAAGAACUACAAGACACCAACCCAAAAGAAUGAGAUUCCAUCAAAUACCGUGGACAACGAGAAGUUACGUGGGCAACCAGAACUCGAAGAAGCUAAUAGUAGUGACGAAGACGACGAGGACGAAGACGACUUUGUUUCAAAUUCUGGACUUGUCACUCAAGACCAGGCUUUGGUGAGUUACAACAUUGCAGUGUCUGCCGCACAAACUGUGCUCAGUUUGGUGUUGAGUGAUCCAGACAUUCUGAACAACCUCAAGUACGUGCCUGUGCACAUCCACAUGAUGUUAUACUACGCCUCAAUCUUACUAGUGAGCCCAUCACCUCUAGCUUUGGAAGGCGAUUCGGAGAACGCACGGUACUUCCACGAUGUGGUGGAGAAACUCAAAACCGUGCGCUUAUUGCAGAACAAAGUUUAUUUGAAUUUCCCAACCGACCGGCUGUUCGGUGACCAGCUUAUCCAAAAUCUCGACAACCUAUUUGGUGAGCGGAUCUCCAGUCUCAUGGCAGAAUUGCACACAUCUCCCUUGGGUGUCUCUCAGAAAGCAGAACUUAUCAAUGAGAUUUCCAUGCUACAAUUUACAUCCAUGGCACAAACACCUAUCCCAAGCCCCACUGGAUCAUCAAGCCGUGCAUCAUCUCCUCGACCCGAGCGUAUUUAUGCAUGGCCUGGGUCCCACCAUGGACAUCCGUAA